AUGACUUGGGAUGAUUUUAAAACUCGGUUCAAUGACAAAUACUUUCCACAAUCAGUGAAGGAGAAGAAUGCAGCAGAGUUCACGCAGUUGGAACAGAAUAAUGAGAUGUCAGUUAGUGAGUACGAGAGGAAGUUUACAGAGCUAUCCCGAUUCGCUCCUCACAUUAUUGCGAAUGAGUUACACAAGGUUAGAAAGUUUGAGCAAGGAUUGGUCUCUUAUGUGAAGAAGUUUGUGGUGGGUCAUCGUUUUGACACUUAUGCUAGAGUGGUGGAAUGUGCUAUGGCAGUAGAGGAGAAUAAUAACAUUGCCUUUCAGAAACAGAAGGAGCGUAGGGCAGAACAGAAAGGUAAGGGGGCUAGCAGUACUCAACAGAAUCAGAGUAGUUCUCAACAGAAUCAGAGGGGUCAGCAGCAGCACACUCAGAGAAACUGGCAGGGUCAGUCUUGGCAGAGAGGUAGACAAGAUUGGCGAGCAGGGAAACGACAGAGAGUUGGUGAAGGUGAGCAAUCCACCGCUUUAGUACCAGCCACACCUCAUGAUGCACAGCCAUAUCAGUUUAGCGAGCAUUGCUACAAUUGUCGUGAGCAAGGACAUUUGGCUCGUAAUUGUCCCAAGCCUCACAAGAAUAACCAGCAGAAAGGUCAGGCACCACAGCAACAAGGAGGUGCAAGGGUUUAUGCAGUUGUUCCAGAUGGGAGACAGGAUCGUGCACCACCAGCAGUGGAAGGUACACUUACUAUUUAUGGCAGUAUAGCUAGAGUACUAUUUGAUUCAGGUUCUUCAUAUUCUUUUAUUGCACUAUCAUUUGUGAAUACGCUGGGAUUAGAAACUGGACAUAUAAGUAAUGCCUUAUCUAUUACAACCCCACUCGGGAGCGCGACGACACUUGAUAGAAUAUGUCGUGCUUGCCCUGUUACAAUUGGGGAGUUGGAGUAUCCUAUUGAUUUAAUAGUAUUACGUAUGAGAGAAUUUGAUGCUAUACUGGGUAUGGAUUGGUUGGCUAGAUAUCAUGCUCAGUUGGACUGCCAUGAAAGGAUUAUUGUAUUCUCAGUUCCGGGACAGUUUCCUUCUCGAUAUAAGUGUGGGGAGUUUGAAGGUACCAUGACUAUGGGAUUUCUGGCCCACAUCGAGGUGGUUGAGCAAUGCGUGACUAUAGAGCAGUUGCCUACAGUGUCAGAGUAUGCAGAUGUGUUUCGGGAUAUUCCGGGUUUGCCUCCUAGGAGGGCAGUGGAUUUCUGCAUCGACCUCACUCCUGGUAUUUCACCUAUCUCUAGGGCACCCUACAGAAUGGCGCCAGUUGAAUUGAGUGAGUUGAAGAAACAGACUCAAGAGUUGCAAGAUCGGGGAGGGGCGCAGUUGUUUUCUAAGAUUGACUUGAGGACUGGGUACCAUCAGCUGAGGAUUAGGGAGGAUGAUAUUCAUAAGACUGCCUUCAGGACUCGUUAUGGCCUCUAUGAGUUCUUAUUUGUUGUGGUAUUUGUUGAUGACAUCCUGAUAUAUUCCAAGACUAAAGAGGAGCAUGAGAGACACUUGAGCAUUACACUUCAGACUUUGCGUGAGCAUCAGCUUUAUGCUAAGUUUGAGAAGUGUGACUUUUGGCAGGAGCAGAUUCAGUUUUUGGGGCAUGUGAUCUCUAAGGAUGGAGUUUCAGUAGAUUCUGCCAAGGUGGAGGCUGUGAUGAGUUGGAAACGGCCUACUACUGUCACUGAGAUUCGUAGCUUCUUGGGACUGGCAGGAUACUACAGGCGCUUCAUUGAGGGUUUCUCCAAGAUUGCUGCACCUUUGACCCGUUUGACUCGAAAGGAUGUGAAAUUUGUUUUGGAUCACCGCUGUGAGCAGGCAUUUGAGGAGCUGAAGACGAGAUUGACUUCGGCACCAGUUCUUACCAUUCCUGUUAAUGGUGAGAGAUUUGUGAUCUACACAGAUGCAUCACUUCAGGGUCUUGGCUGUGUUUUGAUGCAAGAUGAUAAGGUAGUAGCGUGUGGAGGUCUUCAAUAUCAUCCUGGAAAGGCGAAUGUGGUAGCAGAUGCCUUGAGUCGGAAACAGAGAGGAUUAGUUGCCUUUAUGAUGAUUCAGGAGUGGAUGAUGUUAGAGGCAUUGGCAGAGUUUUCUAUCAUGCCAAGUUCUCAGAGUACAGGGGCUAUUCUUUGUAGUUUGACUGUACAACCUACUUUAAUCAGCCGGAUCAUUCAUUUUCAGACUCAGGAUGACAGGUUACAGACCAAAGCAGUUAAGUCUGUUAAUGCUGAAGGUAAUGUUGACUGGGCGUAUGGAGCUGAUGGUGGUAUGAGAUUUCGAGGUAGGCUAUGUGUUCCAAACUUAGCAGAUCUCAAAAGAGAGAUAUUAGAGGAGGCACAUCACUCUAGGUACACAGUGCACCCAGGUGGCACUAAGAUGUAUCAUGAUCUUAAGAGGCAGUUCUGGUGGGAAGGCAUGAAACGUGAUGUGGCAGAGUUUGUAUCUAGAUGUCUCACUUGUCAGCGAGUGAAAGCUGAGCACCAAAGACCAGCAGGACUAUUACAGCCUUUGCCUGUGCCUGAGUGGAAAUGGGAACAUGUGACGAUGGAUUUUGUUGUGGGGUUACCGAGGUCGAUACAUAACCAUGAUACAGUGUGGGUGAUAGUGGACCGAUUGACUAAAUCAGCUCAUUUUCUACCCAUUCGAGCUACUGAUACUGUAAAGGAAUUGUGUAAGAUCUACAUUAGAGACAUAGUUAAGCUUCAUGGAGUGCCGGUGUCUAUUGUCUCAGAUCAUGAUCCUCGUUUUUCAUCUCGAUUUUGGAGUAGUUUCCAAGCAGCUUUUGGUACUCCUUUGAGUUUGAGUACUGCUUUUCAUCCUCAGACCGAUGGCCAGUCCGAGAGGGUCAUUCAGGUGUUGGAGGAUAUGCUUCAUGCUUGUGUGCUAGAUUUUCGGGGCAGUUGGGAGGAUCACAUUCCAUUGGUUGAGUUCGCUUAUAAUAAUAGCUAUCAGGCUAGUAUCGGCAUGGCACCAUAUGAGGCACUUUAUGGUAAACCUUGUCGUUCACCUGUAUGUUGGGCUGAGGUUGGUGAUGGUAGUUUUUUGGGGCCAGAGUUGGUGCAAGAGACUACGGAGAAGGUUGCCAUCAUUCGAGAUCGACUUCGCACAGCUCAGAGUCGACAGAAGAGCUAUGCAGAUCGACGCCGUCGUGCUUUGGAGUUUAGUAUAGAGAGGAUUGGGGAGGUGGCGUAUAGAUUAGCUUUACCACCCAGACUAUCUACUGUUCAUGAUGUUUUCCGUGUCUCCAUAUUGAGGAGGUGCUUGAGGGAUGAAACUCAGGCCAUUGACUGCACAGAGGUCCAGAUUCGUCCUAAUACAACCUAUGUUGAGAUGCCUGUUCGCAUUGUUGACAGUAUGGUGAAACAGUUGAGGCGGGCAGAGAUACCUUUGGUGAAGGUGCAGUGGAAUCAUCAGGACGAGAGAGAGGCUACUUGGGAGCUAGAGUCAGAAAUGAAGGAAAAGUACCCACAACUCUUCGAAUAA